CCGGGGGUUUCUUCUAUAAAUAGAAACGAUGCAUCCCCUUUCCGAACUACCAAAAACACAAAACAAAUCUCUUCUUACCCAAAAAUGGCAAGAAUCUCAUUCUGUUUUCUCCUAGUCGUGGUCUUCGCGAUAUCUCUCAUGUUCGAUGGAACACGUGCAAGGUUUACGGAUGAGCUAACAAUGAGCAUGGAGGAGGCCGAAAUGAAGAAUGAGUUGGAAAAGGAAAUAUUAUUGAAGGCGGAAACAAUGGCAAUUGUGGAGGCGGAGUUAGAAAGAAAUCCACUGAAGGAAAUGAUGUUAAAAAGUGAAGAAUUGAAGUGUAUUCCAUGUGGACAGAAUUGUAUCUCCUCAAGAAACUGCUGCUCUCCUUGUCGCUGCAACUUUGGUCCUCCAGUUCCAACAUGUACACUUUGAUUAAAAAUUAAUUAAAAUACUCUCUCUGUCUCUUUUAUUUUGUUAUGUUAUGUGUAUUUAAUUUAGUAAGACAGAGAAGUAUGCUGUAUGAAGCUCCUUGCAUUGGUAGUACUUUGUUAGCAAUCUAAAUUUAAACUAUGUAUGAAUAAAAGCAUGGAGCAAUCGUUUGUUUUUCUUCCGAGUGACACUAAUAAAAUUAUCACUUUUUUA